CGCUCUGUCAUGUCACAAACAUCAACUACGGCAUCGCCCACGACCAGCUGUGGCAGUGGCCUCUUCAACGCUGGUUGCGGUGGUGCGCUGAACAGUUAUGGUCAAGAUUGGGGCACCCUCCUGUCUUCGAUUGUUGUUGCUCUUGCAUCUUUAGGAGGCCAGCUGCUUGCCUUUGUCAUUUUCCGCUUCCGCCUCAGCAGAAUNUUAACUUUCAUCGAGAAAUGUGGUCUGGACGCCUACUUCUUCCUGCGCUUCUUGCGCAUGCUGCUGAAGAUAUUCAUACCUCUAUCCGUCGUCAUUCUUCCUAUACUGUUGCCCAUCAACAAGCUCAGUUGCUCGGACUGCACUGUAGGCCCCGAUCAAUUGGGCUGGAGAAACAUCCCGUCUGAGCACUCUCAGCGCACCUGGGCUCAUCUUGUGCUGGCUGUCCUUACCAUUUUCUGGGUUCUAUAUGUUAUCUACACUGAACUGCGUGGCUACAUCCGCAUUCGACAGGCUUAUCUCGCUUCACCUGAACACCGUAUUCGCGCCUCGGCCACUACUGUGCUUGUCAGCGGUAUUCCUAGAAAGUGGCUGACUGUCGACGCACUGAAUGGCCUGUACGACGUCUUCCCCGGAGGGAUCCGCAACAUCUGGAUCAACAGGAACUUCGACGAUCUUGCCGACAAGGUUUCUGACCGCGACAACAUCGCACAGAGUCUCGAGGAAGCAGAGACUAGUCUGAUCCAGAAAUGCGUUAAGAAGCACAAGAAAAUAGAGGCCAAGAAGGCCAAAGAGCAGGGAAAGACAAAAACAAAGGAAGAAAGAGAACAGGACAGGACUAGAGCAGAUGAACAAGCCGAACGCAUCGCCCAAGGAAACGGUGUCAGUUCUGGUGAUCCUCAUCAAGUGCCGCACAAUCUGCAGGAGGUUCUUGAAGAAAUCGAGGAGGACGAGCAUAGACACGACAAACAUCGAAGCUCGUCUCCAGAACGCUUGCGGGAUAGAUUUGGUCAGGGAUUCGGUGCUGUUGGCCAUGGAUUUGGUGCGAUCGGUAACUUCGGUCGCAAGGUCGUUGGUGAAGUUGCCGACGAUGUCAAUCGUGUCAUUCGCAAUGUCAACGACUCGGUAGACCAGGCCAACAACAUGACCGGCUUCUAUGCAGACGUUGAUGAUAUCAACAAGCCUGCGCCUGCCGACAGACUCGCGUUUGACGCAUCCGUCCCUGCUUCCGGACCUGCCCCUGCACCAGCGCCCGUGUCUGCUUCUAUACCAUCUGCUGCUCGUGUAUCUUUUGGCCAUCAGGAGGAAGGCAAGGACCACCACGAAGACGCAAGGGACCCAUAUGAGCCUGAACAUCCAACUGGACUCAGGAAACCUGACGACGUUGCGGUCUUGGACCGAGCUGAGCCUCCAGGAACUCGGCGUUCCGAUUGGAGCGAGCCUUCUUCGGCAAACACUCAAACCCAGGGCCAGGAGACAUGGGCAGAUAACCCCAAGUCUGGCGUUAAAGGAUCAUCCACGCCUGAUGAAGCGAACACUACAAAGCCUAGAGGAGCGCCUAGAAGAGCGUGGGACGCCAUCAUAAAACAGGUGCAAGCAAGUCCAUUGCCUAUCCCCAGCCCCCAACCUCAUGCUGUGGAGGAAGAUGAAUACCCUCUCCGCACUCUCGGACAGCCACAGAACCCCGAUCUUGACAAGAAUUCGGCCCAAGGACUUUCUAAAAGCAAAUGGGCUAACAAGUUUGGUUGGCUCCAAUUUUGGAAGAAGAACGACGAUGAAGAAGAGAAGCCUGUCUAUCCAGAAGCUUUCGACAAGGAGCUUGCUGAUGCUGAGGAGACUGAGGCUCUGUGGAAGCAGUACAUUGAACCAAAGGAUCGCGAUACCCUUCGUGAACCGAUAUUCAAUCUGUCAUGGUGGCCUCGUUUACCGCUCAUGGGCAAGAAGAUCGACAAGAUCUAUUAUCUUCGCAAGGAGCUCGCUCGGCUGAACGUCGAAAUUGAAGAGGACCAACAGAAUGUGGAGCGGUUCCCAUUCAUGAACUCAGCUUUCAUUCAGUUCAACCACCAAGUUGCCGCUCACAUGGCUUGUCAGUCUGUCAGUCACCACAUGCCGCAACACAUGACACCUCGCUUGGUAGAAAUUUCGCCUACCGAUGUCUUGUGGGACAACAUGUCUAUGAAAUGGUGGGAGCGCUAUCUGCGCAGCGGCAUCGUUUUCGCGGCUGUCGUCGGCAUGUUGUUUCUCUGGGCGCCCGUGGUUGUUGUAUCUGGUUUCCUGUCGACUCUCAAUACCCUGGAGACUAUCUCAUGGCUGUCAUGGAUUCAAAGGCUACCUCCCAAAGCUGUAGAUUUGGUUCAGGGUGUUCUUCCUCCAAUCUUCUUGAGCAUCGUGCUCGCAUUGGUUCCUAUCAUACUUCGACUUCUAGUCAAACAGUCAGGUGUGGCUACUGGUAACGGCAGAGAGAUGGGUGUUCAGAUUUAUUAUUUUGCAUUUCUCUUCAUUCAGGUCUUCCUCAUCGUCACCUUGUCAUCUGGCCUACCCGCAUUCUUCAAGGAGGUUGCAACUGAGACCUCAAAGAUUCCACAAACCCUCGCUCAGAAUUUGCCAAGAGCCUCGAACUACUUCUUCUCGUACCUGACUGUCCAGGCCCUCAACAAUAGUGCAGCUGCACUACUGCAGGUCGCUGCUUUGUUGAAGUGGUUCCUAUGGGCACCCAUAGUAGACACCACGGCACGCCAGAAAUGGACAAGGCAGACAAAACUUAAUAUGGUGAAGUGGGGAUCGUUCUUCCCUCCGUUCACCAAUUUUGCGGUCAUCGGAAUCAUCUUCUCAAUCAUUGCACCUCUGGUCAUGGUGUUCAACCUCAUUGUCUUCUCCGUUUACUGGAUCACGCAACGGUACAACGCCCUCUACGUCUACCAGUACCGUCAUGACACCGGAGGUCUUCUGUUCCCGAGGGCCAUCAACCAGUUGUUCGUUGGACUCUACGUCAUGGAGAUUGCUAUGAUAGGUCUUUUCUUUGCCUUCCCAGGCAAAGACAAGUGUACAGCACAAGCCAUCAUCAUGAUUGUCAUGCUUGUGGGUACAGUCAUCUUCCAGUGGGUUCUCAACGAUGCGUUUGCACCAUUGUUCCGAUACUUGCCAAUUACACUGGAAGACGAUGCCGUGAUCCGCGAUGAGGAGUUUGCUCGUGCACAACGUCUCAAGUGGGAGAGUCUGGCCGACCAUCCAGGCGAGCACGAACGACUGGAGCAUGACCCAGAAAUUACGAUGGAAGAACAAGAGAGAAAAGAAGCCGAAGAAGAAGAGAGAGCACUUGCCGAGGAGCGUAGAAUGAUCCACGAGUACAAGCGUUCCGCUACUCGCAUGUCAAGCUACGGCUCUGCCUCUCGUUCUGAACGCCCCGCACCCGCUAUUAUGGACACUAAGCCUGCCAAUAACAACAGUGGUGAUCGCUGGAGCAAAGUAAAGCAGGUCAGUGAACCUGUUCGCCAACUGCGCAGAAUCGCUCGACCACAUGCACAUGGUGCGGAUGGCCUUAAGCCCACGGCCAUCAACGUAGAUCCUCAGACCGCAAAGGUGGACAUGGAAUCUCAAAGACAGGUCGGUGACGUGCUCUUUGGCGGAUUCAGCGACGAACUCGAAGACUUGACUCCCGAAGAGCGCGACACGCUCAUCCGCUAUUCCUUCCAACACUCUGCGCUCCGCGCCCGUAGGCCAGUGGUCUGGAUCCCGCGCGACAACCUCGGAAUCUCUGACGACGAAAUUGAGAGGACCAAGCGCAUGAGCACCGUCGACGACAUUCGCCCAGAGACCGAGAAACGAACUCCCAAGACCAACAUAUGGAUCAGUAACGAAGGAACUGCUUUGAACGCAAAAGGCAAGGUUGUGUUUAGGAAAAGCCCGCCAGAUUUUGCUAAUGUAGAUCUCAUCGCUCUUUAG